ACUCUCUCUCUCUCUCUCUCUCAUAUGCAGGAAAACCAGCUGAUCCGUCAACUACCUAAAUUGACAAGUGUCAAGCAAUUAAAAUUGAGAGUUAAAGGAUCUGGAGAUGCGAGUCUACUACCAUUGACUCUCGUGGUCGAGGCAUGUCCCUGCUUGCGAAGUUUUGUGUUUGAGCUCACGUUCCCAUCAAACAUGCUAUGCAGGCCGAGAAAACUGGAAAGAGUCAUCAGAACUCCCCAUCGGUACCUGAAGGAGGUUGAAUUUUGCAAUUAUUAUGGUCGACCGUGUGAUCACGAACUAGUGAAUUACCUUAUCGAGAAUGCCGUUGCUCUGGAGAAGUUAGUGGUGAGUCCCUGUGACGAAGCUUAUUUCUCGGAUGGGAGGAAAAGAGUGAAGGAACCUAGAGAACGUGCUCUGCAACAGCUCAAGGGAAAGUUACCUUAUAGAAUCGAGCUGGUGAUUAAUUAACGAAACCCGAGCAUCAUUAGCGCGGCAUCCACAGAGCUGUUAUGAUGGAUGGCUUUGAUUCCGUAGCAAAUUCCUCUUCCCCUCUUUAAAGUUAAUUUUUUCGACUAUAUAUGUUCGUUUAUUAAUUAUUUGUUGCUCCUGA